AGCGCCUCCUUAUCCGCAUCCAGCCAGCCUCGCGAGCGCCAAAAGCGAGCGCCUCGCGUUGGCGCCAUGGCCUUUGUCUCAGAGCCAAGCAGCAGGACCGUGGGGUCCACGUCCACGUCCAAGGUGCACCUCUUCGAGCAAGGAUCCACCAACGCCAAGGCGGUAGCCAGUGCGCCAGGUGGUUGGUUUGGCCUAGGCCACCGCUUCUUUCCGAAGGACCUCUUUGUCCGAGAGGGGCUGACGGGGAGCUACAUCACCAAGGAAGUCUUGCUGGGAGUGACCAUCGGCUUCGCACAGGUGCCAGAGUCCGUGGCCUUUGCCUUCCUGGCCCAUGUCCGGCCGCACGUGGCCUUGCAUGCUGCCUGGAUGGUCGGGCUCUUUUGCAGCCUGCUGGGUGGAAGGCCCGGCAUGGUGAACGGGGCCACCGGUGCCUUUGCGGCCAUCAUCGCCACCUUUUUGCCGGUUCCCAAGGUGCCAGGUGGCAAUGGGGAGCACGUGGAGUUGCUGUUUCCCUCCGUGAUGUUGGCAGGAUUUUUGAUGCUGGCGGCCAGCGCCGCGAACUUGUCCCGCUUCAUCCUGCUGCUGCCGACCCCGGUCAUGGUGGGCUUUUGCAAUGGCCUGGCCAUUGUGAUCGGCUUGGCUCAGCUGCACCCCUUCCACUCUGAGGCCAACGCCUCCGGGUGGAAGGAGGGCUUCGAGCUGCUCUGGAUGCUGGUGAUUACCGCCGUGUCCAUGCUCACCAUGGAGUUCCUGCCAAAGGUGCCGCUUCAGAUCUUCAAGGUCAUCCCCUCCUCGCUCAUGGCGAUCCUGGUGGCGAUUCUGCUGGAGUUCGCCGUGGUAAGGCCCUGCGGCUGGCGCACCGACACCAUCGGGGACGUCUCCGAGUUCACCUCGGAGACGGCGUUUCCGAUCCCCUUCUUCGUGGACCACCCCUCUACGGGCUACGACCUCUCGAAGAUCGUGAGCUCUUGGAGCUCGGUACAGUCAGUGCUGGUGCAAGGUGUCCUGCUGUGCGUGGUGGGCUCAAUCGAGUCCCUGAUGACCUCGGAGGUGGUGGAGUCCUUUGUGAAGACCCCCAGCGAGGGGGACCGCUCCCUCUUCGCCAUGGGCCUGGGGAACAUCGUCUCAGGCUUCUUGGGGGGCAUGGGCGGCAACGCCAUGAUCGGCCUCUCCACCAUCAACUCCCUGAACGGUGGCCGUGGACGCAUGGCACCGACCUGCACCGCGCUGGUAGUCAUGGCCUCGGUGAUGGGCGCCUACCGCCUGCUGAACUUCAUCCCCGUGGCAGCCCUCGCAGGCAUCAUGAUUGUGGUGGUUCUGCACACCUUCAAGUGGUUCUCCAUUGCCAUGGUGCUGGCCGCCAUUCUGCCCAAGUCCAUGCGCGACCGCCUGAACCUGCACCGCAAGGUGCCCCGUGUGGAGGCCUUCGUCAUUUUGGUGGUCACGGUGUUGUCCAAGCAGACGAACAUCGCCAUCGCGGUGCUGCUGGGCGUCUCCAUCUGCGCCGUGGCCUUCGCCUGGGACGCCGGCCAGCACUUCAAGCUUGCGGAGUCGAUGCACGGCAAGGUGAAGGUCUACGACAUCGACGGCCCCCUCUUCUUCACCUCGGCCAACCGACUGGUGAAGCUGCUGGAUCCUUCCAGGGACCCGGAGGAGGUGGAGCUGCGCUUCGGGGAGGCCACCUUGAUGGACUUCACCUCCGUGGAGACCCUGCACAAGGUGGCGCUGAACUACAAGGCUGUAGGCAAGAGCAUCACCUUCCACACCCUUAACAUGAGCAGCCAGAAGCUCAUCGAGAAGGCCAACCACCUGGUCCGCGCCAUCGAGUACAACGACGAGGCCGCAAGGCUUCCCAGCGUGCCCAGCUUCACGGACGGGUUCCGGUGUGACCCAAUGGCGGCAGAAGGGGUCUUCGAGCGCAUUGUCAGUGGAGGCGGCCCCAAGAAGGCCUCGGCCUCGGCAGCCAGCCCGAAGGAGGAGGUCAAGGAUUUUGAGGCCGAAGUCUGAGGACAGCUGGCCCCUGUACAGAGGGAUUGCGGAAGAGGCGCUCAUGGGUUCCUGAUAAUUGCAUUUGCUUCGAACA